UUCUCUUUUUCUCCGUCACGAUCCAGUGUUAAAGCACAAGUUCGAUCCCCUAGCUAUCGAAUAGCAUCGACUCUCCUUUCAAGAGACUCAUCGUCUCAAGUCAUUCCUUAUUCACGCACUCAACCCUUGGUCUCACUUGGUCCUUGAUUCAGAGACAAGACACGCCGCACCGUUGAACAGGGUUCACUGAGUACGCCAACAUUCCUAACAAACCCAGUCACACCUCGCAAGUCGAGUCAAAGAACAAUCUGGGCCUUAUCCAUACACCACUGGGACAUUCCUACAUCACUUUUACCAGCCACUUGCAAUUCUCAUCAAGGCCGGUCAAAUAUCCAGAGGAACUCACCAAUUUCCCAGCAAAUUUCACUUUCUGAACAUUCAUUCCAAGCAUCUUUUCGAGAACGACACUAGAACAACAUGAAGUCUUACACGGUUUUCAUGCUGGCUUCGGCCGCUGUUAGCCAGGCCCUCCAGCAGUGCUCCGGCACGGCCAAGGAAGAGGGUGGUAACUGGUGGUGCGGUGCUGUUGAUCAGAUCUUGUACUCCAAUGUCGGUCAUCCUGGCUCUUACAAGGCUGUCAACCACAUGGGUGACGAUGGUUCUUGCACCUUUGAGGACGUCGCUUUCUCUGGCCCUCUGGCCCCUUUCAACGAGGAGCUUGUUCCCGUCUUCCGUGGUCCCAUGAACCUCAAGCAGGUUGCUGUGUACAGCCUGUCUACCAAGGCCAAGCGCUCCCCUCCCGUUUCUCACGUCCACGCUCGUCGUCAUGGUCACCAUGGUCACCAGCACCUCCACAAGAAGUCGGUAGAGUCUCCCAAAGAGGAGCCCAAGGAGGAGAAGCGCGGUGAAGACUGGGUUGUUGCGGAAAUCGACGGCAAGGUUGUGUCCUGGAUCAACAACUACUUCGGCCCUACCCAAGCGGCACCCGCUGCGACGCCAGCUGUCGCUCCUGUUGUUGCUGCGCCCAGCCCAACUCCCACUCCCUCUCAGGCCCCUGCCGCUGCCGCUAUUCCUCAGCCUGCCUCUCAGGCCUCGAGCUCCAAGGCUGCCGCCAGCUCCAAGGCUGCUUCAAGCUCUGGCUCUGUCAGCGGUGACUACGAUCUUGUCGGUUAUUACAACGCUGAUAAGGCUAUUGCCAAUGGCAUCGUCUUCCUUGGUAACUACGGUGGCCAGGGGUCUGGCAAGUUCGACAACGUCUUUGGUAACUCUUUGUCUUACCUGAAUGCCGCUGGUACUGGUGGCGCCGCUUCACCUGAGGUCUUGAACCCAAUCACCCUCAAGUCCAACCAGGAGUUCCUGAUCGCCAGUGACAAGUCAUGCGAUGAUGGCGGCUGCGGAUACUCCCGCCCAGGCUCCGUUGCGUACCACGGCUUCAAGGGUGAGGAUUCGGUCUGGCUCUUUGAGCUGAGCAUGCCUCUCGAUGGAACCACUGGUUUCAACGCCGACAUGUCUGCCCUUUGGUUCCUCAACGCUCGCAUCCCCCGCACUGCUCAGUACAAUACUUGCUCCUGCUGGCCUGCCUGCGGUGAGCUUGACGUCCUCGAGGUCCUCGCCACUGGCGACACCAAGUGCAAGUCGACUUUCCACUCCAACGUCCCUGGCGGCUCAUCCGACUACUUCGACCGUCCUACUGGCGCGCCGGUCAAGGUCGCCGUUGUCCUGGACGGCGACUCUGGCCAAGUCUCAGUCAAGAUGUUGGACUCCAGCGUUGACUUCGCCUCGGGCAUCACCCGCUCUCAGGUGGAGAGCUGGCUCUCUGCCGACUCCGUCUCGACCGCAAGCACCGGUGGCAAGAGCAACAAGGUCUCCCUGUUCGCUCUGUCGUCUUAAGUGCUUCCACGAUUUUGAUUUCUACUUGGAUGGGAUUCCAACAAGUACAUGAUUUGCAUAUAUGGGAUUGGGACUUGGAUGACAACUUUUUCUUCUUCUCGCUGGAUUGAGCCCAAGCAAGACUUUUUUUCUUUCUUCUCCUUGCAUUGGAUCUUCGGCAUCCGAUGACUUGAGACUUCUUUUUUUUUUUCGACAUGCGAGGGUACUAGUUACCU